AUGGACAAUGAGGCUGGUCCUCCGACUGAGGAACCAGUAACGGCUGCGGUUCAAUCCGAGUCGGACUCCGCUUUAGAAGCUUGGUGGGAUUCGUUUUUGAAGCAAAAGCGAGCGGAGGAUGCGUUGGAUGCAGAGCUUCGUUCUACAUGGGAAAAUUGCAGCCAACGGCGCCUAAAGUUUGCGCGGGAAGUGAAGCAAAUGGCCGAACUUUAUCAACCGAUAGAGAAGCUUAUCCAGACUGUGCUCGAAUCUGACAAGGCACAUCGUGGAGAUAAUCUCUAUCGAGAGUGG